AUGGCAACAAGUGCCGUCUCCGCAGGUACAAUUGUCUUGGAAGUCCUUAACAACCGUAACUACGUGGAUUGGAGUGUUUAUCUUAGAAAUUACUUGUUGGCUCAAGACCUUUGGGAUGCAGUGAAGGCUACAGAUGAACCUCCUGAAGAUGAAGAAAAAGAAGCUGAUGGUCCGUUCAAGGCUUGGAGGAAGAAGAAUGCCAUGGCUUUACAUACAAUCCAAAUUUCGUGCGGGCCGGAAGCUUUUGCGCUUAUUAGGGACAGCAAUUCAGCCAAAUUUGCUUGGGAUGCUUUGGCAGCAAACUUCAAGACACAAGCAUUACUUCCAAGUGAUUUGCCUGUUGAAUCUGCAACCUCAUCAAACAACCCAGGAUAUGACGAGAGUGUGUGUGACUUCCGUCAGUAUCAGCCGUUCUUCAAGGCUGUCAGGAGUGGGGAUUGGAAUAAAGCAAAGGAGCUUCUUACCCUACAUCCCAAUGCAGCAAGAGCAAAAAUUCCGUACUCAAACAAGACAGCUCUUUACAUAGCAACAGAAUUAGAACACGAGCAUAUUGUGGAAGAGUUGGUGCAAUUGAUGCUAGAGGAAGACUUGGAAAUAAAAUCUUCUGGUUGGACAGCUCUUGCUGUUGCUGCAGAUAGAGGAAAUAUCAAAAUAGUUGAAUGCAUGGUUAGAAAGAGCAAGAAAAUACUUAGCAUUGCCACUGAGAACAACAAUAUGACUCCAAUUCUCUUGGCCUGUAUCAGUGAGCAUUGGGAUGUUGUCCGUUAUCUAUACUCCGUCACUCCACUCGAAGAUCUAAUGCCUGAUAAAGAUAUUGCACAGGAAUUAAUUAAUCGUUGCCCAAAAUUGGUCCUUACGAAAGAUCCCUUUGGGAUAUCCCCGAUGCAUGCAUUGGCAUUUUUGCCUUCUAUAUUCCCAAGUGGAACACGGCUCAAAUUUUGGCAACAAUGGAUCUAUAAUUGUAUACACAUAGAACCUACUCAUGCCAUGAGUGACAUUCAUGUAAGUGUUGAAAAUGAAGAAGGCAAUCGAAUGGAUAUCACUUGGUCAGGAACCAACUCCCACACAGAGUUCUUGUGUAGAGAUUUCAUCUCUUCCAUCAUAGCACCCAUCCAACUUUCCCCCUCCUUGCCCUCAAUUGAUUCUUGGAAGUGGUUGGAUAUUCUUCACUUAUGUUUAAGGCAUAGUGGACUGCAUCCUUUUCCCUUCCAAAUGGUUGAGGAGGUUUAA